AUGCAUCAUAGUGAUAAGGACAGGCCCUGUGAUGUCACGGCGGGUUGGAAACAGUCCACACUGGGAGCUAGGAAAGAAGAAACUCGAGGCGCAUCUCGCCUGUGCAUUGUUAUGGUGUUGUGGUAG